GUUGUGGUUCCAUGACGCGUGCCAGAGAAUUUCAAGCCGGCGUUCUGGCCACUUCCUGACAGAAGAUGCGCAUGCAACGAAGAUCUUGCCUUUCCCUUGUGCCUUGAAUUGUUCAGCCAGAGAGGAGAGUACCGAGCAUACAUAACAAUUUGCGGCUGAAAGGAAAAUUUUAGUCGCCACUCAUAUUCCAUGAAUUGUGUUUCUAGACAGGGGACAUUUCACACUCGAUAGGUAACCCCUGAAUCCAUUAACUGUUGAAACACUCACACCAUGCUCUCAAUCGCACCGCAUAAACCAGAGCACUAUCAGAUCGCCAUCAUAGGUGGCGGUAUCGCUGGAGUGACUCUGGCACUGGCAUGUGAGAAAUAUGGUAUCCAAUACGCCCUCUUCGAAGCCCGCGACAGUCUGGCACCCGCCGACGGUGCGAGCAUUGGGCUCCAGGCCAACGGACUACGCAUUCUUGAACAGCUAGGCGUCUAUGAAGAAAUCGAGCGAUACGCUACCCCCGUGAAGAUAUGGAGGCAUUUAGACGAGGAUGGAGAGCUGCUUUGUAAGACGAAUGCGUUCAGCUAUUAUCGUUCGAAGUUCGGAUAUGAUAGCGUCGUUUUAGACCGCCAAAAGCUUCUGAGCAUCAUGGCCAACAAACUACGAGGCCUCGACGGCAACAACUUGGUCAAAUUAUGUUGCCGCGUUCCAUCUUUCCAAGAAGAUGAAGAAAAAGCCAUUGUCACCACCACCGAUGGGACUGUGAUUACAGCCGACCUUUUGGUGGGCGCCGAUGGUGUCCGCAGCUCCGUCCGAAAAUUCAUCGACUCGGUGCAGGUUGAAGACCAUGCUGAAUCAGACGACUAUAUGAGUACGCAGUUCGCUUGUGCCUACGGCAUCUCUCCCCCUAUGGACGCCAUAGUAGAGGGCGAAUGCUUCUCCGUGUACCGAGAAAAGGCCUCCAUCCUCAGCUUCACGGGCAAAGGCGGUGUUGUGUUCUGGUUCGUUUUGGAGGAUCUCGGUGAGACCGUUCCUCUGUCCAAGAGCCCUCGCUAUACCGCGAAAGAUGUGGAUGCUGUAUGCCGGUCGGUAGCCCACAUCCGAGUCGCCCCUGGAGUGCUGUUCAGCGAUAUCUACGCCAAUCGAACAGUCAGUAUGAAGAUUGCUUUGGAGGAGGGCAUCGCCCAAACCUGGAACUCGGCCCGUGCCGUUCUUGUUGGCGAUGCAGCGCACAAGAUGGUUCCCAACGCCGCAAUGGGAGGUAAUCAAGCCAUAGAAUCCGUUGCUCUCCUAUUAAACGAACUGGACGGGAUUCUCCAGAGUCCGGACAGCAAGAUUCCUGCUGACGUCCUGAAAGCGGCCUUGUGUCGUUAUUCAGAACAGCGAAAGGCUCGCACUUCCAAGAUCCAGAACACGGCAGGAAUGAUUUGCCGGACUCAGAUGUUCCCGCAUGGGGAAAAGACUUCGGCGGCUUAUCAACAGCUGCAGAGUCUAACCGCCGCGGACUGGCUGUUCAGGGCAUUUAUGGAGUUUAUCGGUGCUCCUUCAUUGAAUGGCAUUACGCUUACUGAGAGGGGAAAGUUCUAUGAUGAAGCACUCGCAUCGUUUCAACAGCGGUUUUCUACUCAGAAGUAUUCCAACAAUAAGGAACUGGUGGGAAUUUGAGAAUACUGACCGUGUACAUCUGAUUGGCAGAGAGAAGAUCCAGAGCUUAUCAGAGACAAACGUUCAAGGUCAGCAAUAACUGAAUGACGUAAACCGCAACGUGUGAGGACACUAUGCUUUCUUCAUAUGUGAAGAAGUAAACAAGCCUUCACGAGGGACCUGACUUUUCACCGGAGCUCUCUCAUUUAUCCUGUCCUCCAAGUGGAUUGCCUUCACUUCUGCUAUGCACCGCCCCUAUUAGGCUAGCCACUAGCCUUCAAUCUAUCAAUUUGAAC